AUGUCUGAAAAUCGGCGACAACAUCUUUUUGAUUCAAAUGUAUUCCUAAUGCUCGAUUUAUUGUGGGCAAAAGAAGAAGUGGAUCCCUACUAUAGGGCAAGAAAAAUAAAUGGCGAGUUUUAUCGAAAUUAUGAAGAACAGAGACAAAAUCCCGAUAAAUUCUACGACUACACCAGAAUGAGUGUAGAAACUUUUGACUAUAUUCUAGAAACUAUCAAGAGUGAUUUAGAGUCUGGAAUUAAUCCAAAAAGUUUUAGAGGUAUAUCUCCAGCAGAAAAAUUAUACAUAACGCUUGGGUUUUUGGCGAGUGGGCAGCCUUUCAAAAGACUGUCGUUGUCAUUCAGAAUGGGAAAAACAACGGUGGCCAACAUAGUUUAUGGCACUUGUAAAGCUAUAUGGAAAAAUUUGGUACAUUUACAUAUGCCAAAACCGACAGAAGAAUUAUUGAAAAAUAUAACGGAAAAAUACUAUGAAAAAUGGCAAUUUCCUAAUUGCGUUGGUGCUAUUGAUGGCAAGCACUGUCGAAUAAAAAAUCCUAAGUUCGCUGGAUCAUCGCAUUAUAAUUAUAAACAUUUCUUUUCGAUGCACUUGCAAGCGGUCGCGGAUGCUGACAAAAGAUUCAUUUGUAUAGAAGUUGGAGGAAGAGGGAAACAAAGCGAUGCAGGGACAUUCCAUUACUCUAAUUUGAACCGUUUACUUCAGAGUAAUAACUACAAUAUACCAGGACCACAAUAUCUACCCUCAUCAGAUAUCGUUCUACCAAUGGUUUUUAUUGGAGAUGAAGGAUAUCCACUCAAAACAUAUUUGAUGCGACCUUAUCCACAAAGCGUACUUAAUGCACAAAAUGAGUUAUUUAAUAAGCGAUUAUCGCGGGCUCGAAAGACUAUUGAGUGUGCUUUCGGAAUUUUAAGAUCCAAGUGGCAUAUUUUCAGAUCGCCCAUAGAGACAAACAAAUGUCAUGCAAGAUUACUCAUCAAAACUUGCUGUUUGUUGCAUAAUAUUAUCCGAGAUAAGGAUGGUGAUAAUGACAUUGCCUAUAUUACUGUCAAUACGAAUCAACAAACAUUACAAACACGAUUACAAACCAACGCCCGGACGUCUUAUCAAGCACAAUAUAUACGUGAAAAAUUCAAAGAAUAUUUUGUAAAUAAUCCCAUUAGCUACUAAUUAAUUUGUAAACCAUAAUAAACAUUGUAUAUAACAUAAUAAAUAUUUUUUAUAUUCACCUACCU